AUGACAAUUCCAGACUUCGGCUGUGACGUUACCCCAUUGGCCACUUUGCUGCAGAAAGCUGAUGAAACCAGUAUAGGCCAGACUGGCACAGUGGGCAAGCCUUCCCAGGAGCCCGCGCCGCGCCUGGUGUGUCAGUUCUGCAACUACUCGACCGUCUACACCACCACCAUGGUACGCCACGUGCGCACGCACACAGGCGAGCGCCCCUACCGGUGCGUGUCAUGCGAAAAGGGUUUCACCACCAAGCAGCAGCUGGAGAAACACUGCAGCCAGCCGAGCAAGCCGUGCUUCAAGCCCUUUGCCUGUUCCUACUGUCCUGAACGCUUCCCGUCGGAUGCCCUUUUGAGCAGGCACAGGUGCAUGCACAACACAUUUUCCAGUUUUUGA